CGGUGGCGGAAGUGGGAGCGGGGCCGGAAUCUUGGCCAUAAAGCCCGAGGCGGCGGCGGCGGCGGCUUUGGAAGCUUGGAGAGCGCCAGGGAGUCGGGGCCCCCGCAGCCCGGCCUGUCGUGUCCUCGUCCUCCGCUUCGUCUCCUCGUCGUCUGGAGCCUUGGCGACGCGCCCCACCCGGAGUCCCCAGCGCAGCGGCCGUGUUUGAAAGAUGACCUCUAGGAAGAAAGUAUUGCUGAAGGUGAUCAUCCUGGGGGAUUCUGGGGUUGGGAAGACAUCACUCAUGAACCAGUAUGUGAACAAGAAAUUCAGCAACCAGUACAAAGCCACAAUAGGAGCCGACUUUCUGACCAAGGAGGUGAUGGUGGAUGACAGGCUUGUCACGAUGCAGAUCUGGGACACAGCAGGGCAGGAGCGGUUCCAGUCUCUCGGCGUGGCCUUCUACCGAGGGGCCGACUGCUGCGUCCUGGUGUUUGACGUCACUGCCCCCAACACAUUCAAAACCCUUGACAGCUGGAGAGACGAGUUCCUCAUCCAGGCCAGUCCCCGCGAUCCCGAGAACUUCCCCUUCGUCGUGCUGGGAAACAAGAUCGACCUCGAAAACAGACAAGUGGCCACGAAGAGGGCUCAGGCCUGGUGCUACAGCAAAAACAACAUUCCCUACUUCGAGACCAGUGCCAAGGAGGCCAUCAAUGUGGAGCAGGCCUUCCAGACAAUUGCACGGAACGCACUUAAACAGGAAACGGAGGUGGAGCUGUACAACGAGUUUCCCGAACCCAUCAAACUGGACAAGAAUGACCGGGCCAAGACUUCGGCGGAGAGCUGCAGCUGCUGAGGCCCUCACGCCCCGAGACACACAUAGGCCUUCAGACACGAGCCCCUCUCCUCCCUCAACAAGCCGUCGAUUGGUCUCCCAUCCAGCUGCCAAAAGAAAGCCCUCCAACACAGUCACGCCCAGCACCUCUCUCUCACACGCAGACCCAGGCAACCAGGCGCCAGCCGUGCCCGGGGCCUGCCCGCCCGCCACAAGGCCCCCUGUGGCAGCAGGCCAGGCGGGCUGCCGGGUGGAGGCCGCACAGAACCUUCUUCUUUGUGUCCGCUGCAGAGAGAGAACUGUUUACAGUUGAUCUAAUGAGUUAUCUGAUUUUUUUAACGGUCUUGUGGUCUUUCUGCCCCGCCCCCGGGAAGGCUGGUGCCCCCGCUUCGUUGCAGGCUCACCCCCAGCCUGAGCAGGCUGUUUUGUAUGUAUCUGUUAAUGCUUGUUACUUUUAACUAAUCAGAUCUUUUUACAGUAUCCAUUUAUUAUGUAAUGCUUCUUAGAAAAAAAUCUUAUAGUACAUGUUAAUAUAUGCAACCAAUUAAAAAUGUAUAAAUUAGUGUAAGAAA